AUGCAGAAAUCUGAACUUUCCACGGCCGUCAUCACCGGUCGCCUCCACCUGCUCAGCAUCUCCUUCGCGUUCCUCGCGGUGCUCAGCACGGGCGGCUCAUCCACGCUCUUCGUCAUGCCGAUCAUCGGCAUCACAACCGUGGCUCCACUGCCACUGCCGGAGCCGCAGCACUCGCCGCAGCCGCUCUCGCCGCUCUCGCUGCCGUCGCCGCCAUCGUCCUCGCCGUCGCCACCGUCAUCGCGGCCGCCCUUUCCACCACUGCCACCGCCGCUGCUGCCUCCAUCGCCAAUGGUGGUCAAAGUGAGCGGCGGAUACUACCCAGAGGACGUCCCCUGGUCGCUCGCCUGCGACGGCCUCGCCGACAACACCACGGGCGGGGCUCCCCACGAGGAUAUGCACGCGGUGCCGCCGGGCACCUGCACCUUCGAAAUGGUACAUGGGUGGACCGGAACGAGGUGGUCAGCGCCAGGCUGGACCGAUGGGACUUUCACCGUCUCUUCCUCUGCGUCCUACCCGCCGGUGGUGGAGAUUCACCACGCGCUCACCGACGAGCUCUACAAGACCGACAAGCCGCUGGCCGACGAGCUCUCCAACGACCUGCCCUCCCCGUUCCGAUUUCUCUUCAUGAACGUACACGUACACUCCUCGUCCGCGCCUAGCCGCGCCCAGCAGCGCGGUCAGCUUUGGGCCGCCUGGUUCUUCCUCCUGCUCGGUGUGUGCGGCGUGCUGCGCAUGAGCGAGUUGAUGUGGCCACCGCGCUUCGGUGCGGCCUCGGUGCGGAGGAGCAACUCGGGGCGCCUCGUGCGGUGCCGGACGGAGGCGAGGCACAGCGUGUGGCUGUUUCUCGUCGCGCUGCUCCCGCUGGCAUGUGCAUUGUCGCCGUCACCGCCAUCGCUGCCACCCUCGCCGCCUCAACCACUCCCGCCGCCGCUCAUGUUCACCGGAGGUUGCGCUCUGCGAAGCUCUGCCCUCGACAACGUCGAGUAUGUCGCGGUCGGCUACACCUACUCGGGAGCGCCGUACUUCCGCGACACCUCGUCGUCGUACUACAUCUACUGGGACCCCACUUGCAAUGACACAGGCUCUACCGCCCGCUGGAUCGUGGAUGAUGAUGUGCCGAGCACUACCGCCUCGAGCGACCUCGAUGGCGACGGGAAAUGUAGCUACUGGGCCCACAUCGACUCGGACGACUCCUCCUCGCCGCCGCUCGGCACGGCUACCUGGCGGGUUUACUGCGACGGCUCCUGGACGGACAACGAUCUGACACUGGCCUUUCUCUCCCCGCCACCGCCCGCACCGCCCGCACCGCCGCCGUGGCCACCGGGGCGCGCCCCGCUGCCGCCGCCCCCCGAGCUGCCCCCGCCGCUGCCACCGGCCGAUUGCGAUGCAGCGGAGGCGACGUGGAGAACCCAUGUCGGGGCUGCCACUGGGCCGGCCUACAUCUUUGGAGCUUUGGCCUUGCUUGUGCCUACGGCAUCGCAGCCAAAGCUCUUCCUCGCGCUCUAUCUGCCCACUCUUGCCCUCGGCAUCCCCGCCAUCCUCGUCGCCUCCCCGUUGGGCUUUUCGUGGCUUGUUCCGGAGCACUGCGACUACGACCUGUAUUUUCUUGUCGUCGUCAUAACUUUGCCGCUCCUCUUCAUCUUCCCACCUCUGGUCCACCUUGUCCUUCGCAAGAGACUACGCGCUCUCAUCGCCGCCAUCGAGGGCGACCUACCCCAGCGCCUCGCCGACGGCUCCCUCCGGCUGCUGCGCGUCGCCUGGCUGUUGGAGCGCCCAACGGACUGGGUGCUACCGCGGCAGCAGGACCUGCCGGAAGAGGCGUUUUGGGCCCCGGCCGACGCGGCCCGCCUGCUGGCCGAAGAGAAAGUUGCUGCGCUCUCCUACAAGUGGCAGGGCCCGUUCAAUUCGUCCAAGGGCGGCGGCGACCAGCCAGACGGCAGCCGUUUCCACCUUGAGCAGGUCCUCUCGUAUUACCGGGAGGGCCGCCACGCAGAGGAACGGCCCGCCCUGAUGUGGGACUUUGCCGCGAUACCACAGCACGACCCGAUAACGGGCGCGAAACGUACCGCCGCGGAGACUGAUCUGUUCAAGAAGGGGCUCGGCGUGAUGAGCAACGCCUACGCCAGCCCGCGCGUCCUCGUGCUGCAGCACCGGCGGAUCCCGCUCCAUUUGGAGCGCGAGCUGAAUGAGAUCUACGACGGCGCGCCUCCAGCUGACCGCCUCGACCUGAUCCCUUACGCCGGCGCCAAGUGCCGCUCGGGAUGGUGCACGUUUGAGACGGCGUGCGCGCUGCUGAUGACGGAAGGGGGCGGGCACGCGUACGAGCUCGGCGUCGGCUGUGUUCCGGUGACGCGCGGGCGGCUGCCAAGCGUGCAGCACAUGGAGGCGCUUUUCGAGGCCGAGUCGACGCGCUUCAUCGGCCGGGCUGAUCGCGAGAGGGUGUGCGGCAUGUACCUCGACUUGCGCGAGAAGCUCGAGGAGUAUGAUGAGGAGCUUGUGAGUGUCGGCGACGAUCUGAUGACAGAGGAGGAUGCAUUUCGACGGAUCCUCACCUUGGUCUUUCCUUUCAUGGCCCUCGUCUUCUUCCCCUUCAGCCGCAUCUUGCGAGCCCACCUCGCCGCCGUCCUCUGCUGCCGCCCUCGCGACAGCCUAGACUACACCUUCCACUGGAGCCUUUGCAAGCCGCCCUUUCGCCGCAAGCCAGACACCCCGCUGUCCGAGCUGCCCUCGUGCUUCCUGCCAACCCAACAGGGAGAGCAGGCGCCGAGCGGGUUGAUUUCAAUGAGCUCGAUGUUUGCGAAGGUGCGGCUGUCGCAAGAGAGGGUCUCGAAGCUUGAGAGAGAGGAGGGCGUGUCGGAGGAUGAGAUAGGAGAUCGUGCUCGCCCAUUAUCGGAGCGUGCGAGAUCGGAGCGUGAGAUGUCGAGCGUGUCUCUCCGCCUCUCUGUCUCCAGUGUCUGA